AUGUCUUCCACUUCCAUUUAUGUAUCGUUCCUUCUAUUUCUAACCCUUGUCAACGCCGCACCGUUUGCGCUUCAGAAGAGAGCGAUUUCUCAGGACUUAUUUAACCAGCUGUCAUUCUUCGAACAAUACUCGGCAGCUGCGUACUGUACGAACAAUAACGUAGCCGCUUCCAACUCAAACAUUACAUGCGCGGCCGAGAACUGCCCUCUUGUUCAGACCGCAGGGGCAGAGUCACUGCUUGAAUUUCAAAAUGAAGGGCCAGAGGACUCAACGGGGUUUGUUGCCGUCGACCACACGAACCAAUUGAUUGUAAUGUCCUUCCGAGGCACUACAUCGUUCGGAAACAUCCUCGCAGACAUCAAUCUGGUGAUGACUCCCUGGAGCGUGUGCGAUUCGUGUACCGCACAUUCUGGCUUCCUUGACUCCUGGCAGACUGUCAAGCCGCAGAUUCAGGGAGUUCUCAGCAGCGCCAAAGCUAGCUAUCCCUCGUACAAGAUUAUUGCCACGGGCCAUAGUCUUGGUGGUGCAGUAGCGACUCUGGCUGCCGCUGAUCUGAGAGGGUCAGGCUACAACAUUGCUUUGUAUACAUACGGCUCUCCGAUGGUUGGGAAUUAUGUUCUGGCGACAUUUAUUACGAACCAGUCGGGUGGCAACUACCGCGUGACCCACGCCCAGGACAUUGUCCCCAAGCUGCCGGGCUACCCAAUAUUCGCCCAUGUCUCGCCCGAAUACUGGAUCACGUCGCCCACCAAUGUUGCGGUGACGGUCAAUGACAUCCAGGAGAGCACCGGCGUGAUUGAUUUACAGGGCAACCAGGGACAGCUGGAGAGCAGCAUUGUGGAUCACGGUUGGUAUUUCAAUAGUAUUGCAGCGUGUUCGCCAGGGCUGGGGUCAGAGUUGGUCAAAUAA